AGCAACAGUGCUGCCCUUGUUGGGCAAAUCCGAAAACUAAAAAAUCGACGUCAAACAAACAUGUCAGUCACACACAUAAUGGCGGUGGUUGUGUUAUUUUUUAUGAAUGGUCCAUUCCGGUAAUGUGUUCUCAUCUUCUACAGACUGUAAGUUGUGCAGCAGGCCAGUUGGUCGGUUUCGCUAAUAAAUCAGAUCACACGAAGAACACUUAAUUGAAGUGAGAUUGGUGUCUGUGGGAAGUAUGGAGGUUGAGUAGGUCGCGUUGGCGGUGUUAUUCAAUUAGCGCGUGCAGCAGUGGUGCCGGCGCCGCGAUGGGCGCGCAGCAGGCCAAGGAGCGCGGCACCGCCAGCGGCGCGUCCAUGCGCUCGGCGCGCAGCAAGCCGCGCGUGCCCAAGGACCCCCGCAUGCUCGGCUCCAACAUAUUCACCGAACACAGCGAAGCGCUGCUGCAGAGCCGGCCGCUGCCGCACAUCCCCGACCUGCCGGACGGCGAGCCGGCGCCCGGCACGCCGCAGCCGCUCGACACCGCCAACAGGUGGACGUCCAAGGAGAACCUGCUGGCGCACCACGAGGAGGACGACCCGCAACUGUUCGUGGCGCUGUACGACUUCCAGGCGGGCGGCGAGAACCAGCUCAGCCUCAAGAAAGGCGAGCAGGUGCGCAUCAAGAGCUACAACAAGAGCGGCGAGUGGUGCGAGGCGCACACGCUGGCGGGCGGCGUGGGCUGGGUGCCCUCCAACUACGUCACGCCCGUCAACUCGCUCGAGAAGCACUCCUGGUACCACGGGCCCAUCUCGCGCAACGCCGCCGAGUACCUGCUCUCCUCCGGCAUCAACGGCAGCUUCCUCGUGCGCGAGUCGGAGUCGAGCCCGGGCCAGCGCAGCAUCUCGCUGCGGUACGAGGGCCGCGUCUACCACUACCGCAUCAAUGAGGACUCCGACGGCAAGGUGUACGUGACGUCGGAGUCGAAGUUCGGCACGCUGGCGGAGCUGGUGCACCACCACUCGGUGGCGGGCGACGGACUCAUCACACAGCUGCUGUACCCCGCGCCCAAGCGCAGCAAGCCCAGCGUGUUCCCGCUGGCGCCGCCCGACCACUGGGAGAUCGACCGCACCGACAUCGUCAUGAAGCACAAGCUGGGCGGCGGCCAGUACGGCGACGUCUACGAGGCCGCCUGGAAGCGCGGCAACAUCACCGUGGCGGUCAAGACGCUGAAGGACGACACGAUGGCGCUGAAGGACUUCCUGGAGGAGGCGGCCAUCAUGAAGGAGAUGCGCCACCCCAACCUGGUGCAGCUGCUGGGCGUGUGCACGCGCGAGCCGCCCUUCUACAUCAUCACGGAGUUCAUGUCGCGCGGCAACCUGCUGGACUACCUGCGCACCGGCAGCCGCGACUGCGUUCCCGGCGCCGUCGUGCUCAUGUACAUGGCCACGCAGAUCGCGUCCGGCAUGAGCUACCUCGAGAGCCGCUCCUUUAUACACAGGGACCUGGCGGCACGCAACUGCCUGGUGGGCGAGAACCACCUGGUGAAGGUGGCGGACUUCGGGCUGGCGCGGCUCAUGCGCGACGACACGUACACGGCGCACGCCGGCGCCAAGUUCCCCAUCAAGUGGACGGCGCCCGAGGGGCUCGCCUACAACACCUUCAGUACCAAGUCCGACGUGUGGGCCUUCGGCAUCCUGCUGUGGGAGAUCGCCACCUACGGCAUGUCGCCCUACCCCGGCGUCGACCUCGCCGACGUCUACCACAUGCUCGAGAAGGGCUACCGCAUGGAGUGCCCGCCCGGCUGCCCCGCCGCCGUGUACGAGCUCAUGCGCGGCUGCUGGCAGUGGAGCCCCGGCGACCGGCCCAGCUUCCGCGACAUCCACCACGCGCUCGAGCACAUGUUCCAGGACAACUCCAUCACCGAGGAGGUGGAGAAGCAGCUGCAGGAGGGCGCGUGUCCGGCCGGCACGCCGCAGAUGUCGCUGAAGAAGGCGGGCGCCGCCGCCGCCGUGCAGAUGCGCCGCCCCACCAACCGGCGCGGCAAGCAGGCGCCCACGCCGCCCAAGCGGACCAGCCUGCUGUCCUCGUGCAGCUCCUUCCGCGAGUCGCAGUACGCCGCCGACGAGCCCGCGCCCGACGACGCGCUCGCCUCGCUCAACGGCGGCGCGCGCGGGCGCGAGGCCUCCUCCGAGGGCUCGCUGGCGGAGGCCACGCCCGACACCGACGAGUCCGGCGGCGAGACGCGCCUGCGCAGCAAGCGCCGCGCGCGCGCCCCCGCCGCCUCGCCGCCCGACGCGCCGCCCGUGCACGUGGCCGCGCUCGAGGUGCAGAACGUCAAGCGCGCCAUCAACCGCUACGGCACGCUGCCCAAGGGCGCGCGCAUCGGCGCCUACCUCGAGUCCAUGCGCGUGUCGGGCGCGGCGCGGGACGAGGCGCGCUCGCUGUCGCCGCGCACGGCGCGCGCCAUGCCGCACAUGAUCCGCUCCAACUCGUCCGGCGGCGUCACAGCGCCGGCGCCGGCGUCCCCGCGAGCCGCCCGCGCCGCGCCGCGCGCCCCGCCCGACAGCCCCGCUAAGCCGCGCCCGCGCCUCGCCGACCUGGAGUUCCCGCCGCCGCCGCCCGACCUGCCGCCGCCGCCCGAGGACGCGCAGCCGCCGCCGCCGCCGCCGCCGCCCGACCCGCCCGCCGACCGCGACCAUCUCGCCAAGAAGAACAUGAAGGAGAUGCUCGAGCUCAAGCUGGUGGCCGAGAUCAAGGAGCGCGCCGACAAGAAGCACCGCCUCAAGGAGUCGCCGCCCGCCGACGAGCCGAUGGACGCCAGCGCCGGCUUCGGCGACCCCGUCACGCGCCUCGUGUGCGAGCUGUCCGAGAGCCUCAACCUGGAGCCGCGCCGCAAGCCCGACCCACCCGCCAACCACACCAUGUCGCCCAUCGACCUCAAAGCUAGUCUCAGGAAAACUCCCUACAACAACAACCUCGAACAGAAAUCAGCCGACACCAAAAAUAAUACCGACUUUAAAUCACAGCUCAAGAAGGUCGAGACAAAUAAGAAGACUCCACUCGCGCCCAAGGACGCGGAGGAGCCAGGUCGCGCCAUCAUAGACUUCAAGUCGCGCUUGCGGAAAGUGGAGAGCGCGGCGGCCGCCACCAACGGCACGGGCAAGAAGUCGGAGCGGUCGCCGGAGGAGGCGCGCGACGAGGUGGGCUCGCUGGACACGAGCGGCGGCGACGACGACGACAAGCGCCGCAGCACCGGUAGCAUCAGCAGUCUCAAGAAGCUCUGGGAGAGCAAGGAGACGGACGAGCGUCUCAGCCCCAAGGCCCGCGCCGCUCCCGACGCGGCCGACGCCUCGCCCGAAGAGCGCGCGGCGGCGGGCGUGACGCGCGCGGGCUCGCGGCGCCGCGAGGACAAGCCGGCCGUGCCCAGCAAGCCGGCGGUGAAGGGCAAGCCGGGCAAGCAGGGCAUCUACGCGACGCCGUUGGCUGCCGGCGAGGACGGCGACGCGGAGCUGCUGGCGGCGCUGCGCGGCACGCUGGAGUGGUGCACGGCGGAGGUGCGGCGCGGCGGCGGGCGCGGCUCGCUGUGGCGCCUGCAGUCGUCGGAGCGGCUGGCGCGGCUGGGGGGCGCGUGCGGCGCGGCGGCGGACGCGCGGCGCUGCUCGGCCGCGCUGCGCGUGCGCCUGCGCGCGGCGGCCACGCGGCUCGAGGCGGAGGCGCGAGCGCUCGCCUCGCCCGCACCGCACCACCACCACCUCGCCGACGGCGUCGAGCGCGCGCUCAAGGACCUCGCCGACAUCGUGCACAGAUAAUCUUAAAGCGACUGCAGCACAGCCCAGUAUUGCACCGCGAGCGCCGACUCCGCAGUAUGUAACCGAUCUCAAGCGACUCCACCCAGCGAGCGACGGCGCCCGAGCAACGCCCGAGCGGCGCCUGAGAACGCCCGCCCGAGCGACGCCCGAGCCUGGCGCGGCUCUCCGCUAGUUAGUCAGGUGUUUAUUUAUGAGUGCCAAAUGUUUGUAAGAUAGGAGUGCACCGCUGUGACAUGGCUAUCCAGUAGUUCGGCGGCGCCGGUCGCCUACAUUCCUCUAGACGCGAUAUAUCAUUUCUCUUAGAAGUAUACACAAACUCACCUAUGUACUCCUUCGUUAAGCAUUUAAUUAUACAUUAUGUAGUUACUUUACUUAUUAGAAGACUCGUUCUACUCGGACCAAUAACGACGCUUGUUAUGAUUUGAGCUCAAGACUGUCUGGCGAUUGGUUUGUAUUGGCCUAUUUGUAUACUCAGUAGCGCGCCCGACCGGGACCACGUAUAUACCGUUCUGACGCGUGUUUAAUACUUUAUAUUAUUAUGUAUGAUAGAGCGAUCAAAUAAAGUUGUCAAACAUUAAUUAUUUUAAGUUAGCGUACUGUGAUACGGCUUAUAAUGUAAUAAUAUUAUGCUCAAUAUUUUCCUUAAUAUUAUUUGUAUUAAUUGAAAUUUGUAAGGUAUUUAAAUAAGAUGAUUAUAUAUUGCGAUCGGUAAAAUUGUAUUAAUACGAAAUCAUUUACAUGAACGUUGUAUGUAGCGGCGGCGCGGCGGUGGUCGCGCCGCGCUCUCACACGUGUAUGCUAGUCUUUAUUAUUACAAUAAAUGUACGUAAUUAUGUAAGUUCUCUAUGAUAGGCUCGUGUACAAUCAUUCUAGCUAUUUUAGUAUUGAAUGUAUCAUUAAGGGUUUUGUAUUAGCUGCCGGAGGGCAGCAGCCGUGCGCGUCGCGUGCCCGCGCCUCUCACGCGCAACGCACUCUUAGCUAAACAUUAGUAUUUACUUUGUGAUAGUAUCAUCAUUAUUGCAGUAAUAUACUACUCGUCCCAAUUCGCCAAUUAUAGUUUAUUUGGACUGUAUAAAUCUUGUACAUAUACAUAUAAUAUACCUACUUAUUCAAAAUUGUACGUAUUGGAAUCCUUCUUGUUUUAAAUGGGAAGGAAAUCCUCGCAUAAUGCUUUCACGGUAAUAUCGCUGAACGAAUUAAUUAAAAUCAUAGGAAUACAAAGUAUAUAAUUGGAUGAAAUUUGAAAUAAUGGUGCUGUUGUUUCCACUGGCUACAUUUAAAAUUAUAUAAUUAUCAUAUUACAUGUGCUUUACAUGUAAAUAAUUCAAGACUGUGUAGCACCGCAGUAGUAGCGUUGUGCGUGACGUGCAUGCGGCGGGCACGCAACGGGCACGGGACGUGCACGCGACGGCCCGGGCUAGUUGUCUGCAGCUCAGCUUGCGCAGUAUGUAUCCAUGUUCUUACACUGGUUCGUUAUCCUCUUAAUUCCCUACUAUGAUAAGUAAUAGAAUCCAAAGAUACAAACCAGAUGUCCAAUUGUAAUGGAAAUAAAAUGAUUUCUUUAAGAAA